AUGUACAAGUCGCGUAUAUGGAAAUGGGGCCUCGACAAAAAGUUGAAGGGAGAUGAAGUGCUCGCCAUCCUCAUUCUCAAAAGAGAUCGAGAUGCGCUGAAUAGACCUACCGAGUUCAGGAUCCGCGGCCAACUUGUUGAUUUUGAAAACAUCAAACGCUAUGUCAAACGCAACCCUGCACUGGUCGCGAAACUUCGCGCCGGACACAAGCCCAACGGUCAGACCGCUCGGGAAGUCACCUGUCGAACCCCGUCGCCAGCUCCUAACCAAGCCCUCAACUCUUCAUCGGAUUUGUACGGCGUUGAAAAGAUUCUGGGUCUCUUCCGCGUUUAUGUUGAUGGAUCAUUCUCAUCGGGGGCCUGGUUCUGUGAGUACAACGUCGACUGUGGCAGCAGUCUUCUCUGCAAUGGAGACCGCAGCAACGAGCUUUUUGAAAGGGUCAUCGCCAGUUUCGCCCUCGUCAAUCGAUGUAUGAUGCGAGGUGAUCAGAUCGAUAUCAACAGCGUCCUUGGUCCAUCGUUUGAGUCACUGAAAGAGAUUGUGGCAGCUGAGAGCCCUGACUUCGUGGCACGUACAGUCUGCCUACUAUGGUAUCUCGACCGUCACCACAAACAUGAUUUGUUGCGUCUAGUGCUUGAUUACCUCGCCGGCUUGAUGCCCAUCGUCCUCGGUCAGCAUCACGUCUUGGCACAAAUAUGGAGGAGCUUGAGUGCCACCAACCUUUCCGAUUACUACGAAUUGUCGAUGAGGCUCGACUACCUCGACUGCGUGUUCUCUCGUCGAGGGCCGGAGGAUUGUGCGGGAAUGAUAACGACGCAUCUCGCCCGGGCUGCUGCCUCGGGGAAGCGGCACCCGUGGAUUGCGUGUGAGGAGCGUCAAGGCAGGCUAGACGAGGCGGUUGCCAUCCUGACCGGCCACAUGAAUGCGUAUGCCUUGACAGACGAACAGACAGCAGCAAUCCACCUUGAGCUUGGGGUAAAGUAUUACCACAUUGGCAACAUAGCAGCAGCGAUCGCCUCGUUUGAAAUGGCAGUAAAAAUGGCAUUGACGUCAAACGCUGACGAGCGGCUCUCCAUGACAGCGCUAGGGAACCUGGAAAACUUGCUGGCGGAGACAGGGAAGUCGAGCAAAGCGAACAAGAUUCAUGAAUAUCGCAUGCGCCGAGUCGCAGCCUUCGCUGAGAAGUCGGCAUCUCUUUCCAAGGGCUUCGUGACCGAGGACGAUGCUAAUGGCGAAAGUGACUUGGGAGACACUGAAAGGGAAGAGUUGCCUGUGUGGCUAUGGGUGGACGAAGACUUCGAAGAGCCGCAGCUGGACUGGCUAGUCUCAGCGAACUGCAUGCAUGAAGGCGAGGGAGCCUUUGCCCCCGUCUACCCCAAUACAUUUUCGGCCGGGGAUUCCAUGAAGCUAUAG